AUCAGCCGCGCGGUACAGAGCUUCUCAACUGACAAUUUCUCUUUUUUACUUACUUAAUCAACACAUAGCAGAGUGACAAUUAAGUCUUCCCGUUUUAUUACUUGCCUUAAGUCUCAAUACAGACAGCCCGUGUUUACCGCUUUUCUGCUUCUUUUAAAGUGUUGGUAUUAAGAUAACUGUUAGUAGCUAGGUUUGUAGCUAUGAAGCCUGCAAGAGGUUCAGAUCGAGCUGCAUCAAAAACACCCAAACAGAAAAACAAGAGAAAGGUUAAACAGGUGACGAAGCAAACAACCGAACAACAGGACCCUGAGCCCAGUGACAAAAACAAUGAAAAAAUCGCUAAACCGGUGCAGGCACAGAAGAGGAAGGCGGAAGGCCCAUCCUCAGCCCCUAAAAACAAAUCCAAAGCUCAGGAAAACUGGAAGCAGAUGACAGGCUCCUCCAUCUCUGCCCUGGAGAAGAUAAUGGACCUGUCAAUACUAGCAACUCUUGCCUUGAAGCGGACAGACAAGACAGAUAGCCAAGAACAUUUAAACACAAUGAAACAAAGGUUUCUUGGACAUUGUGCACAGCUUAAAGUUCCAGCGGACAAACAAAAAUGGUUUGAACACUCAACUCAGCGACACCAGGAGGAGUCAAAGAAGUCUGCAGUGGGCAGGCAGACUCUGAGCAGCCUAGAGGAGAAUUUGAAAGCUGUGGUCAGCGCUCUGGAGAGCAUAGAGGAGCAGACUGUGUCUUUACAGCACACAUGCAGCAUGCUGAGAGACCAGGUGGAGGAUGAGGAGGAGAAAGCUAAGGAGAUUUUACAGAUUACUGAACAAACAGUUCUCAAUCUUCCUCUUCCUGCACACUGACAUGAAAAGACAGGCUCAGGACAGGAAAACGAUAUAAGACAAUGAGCCUGAGACCACCACCACACAGUAACUCCUGCAGAAACGAGCCCCCAUCCAGGAUCCCCAGUUGCUGCUGCUAAAGACACAAACAUGCCAACUGAAAAAAA